CAGAGCGGCCUUCAUUUGGGCAUCAGGCCGCCGCUGCUCGGCCUCUUCUCUGCGCACAUCUGGAUCCCCCACAUCUGCAGGGCAGAGGUCUCCCCAGAGCUUCCUGCUGCGCUCCACUGGUUCCCCAGCUGAUUUCAGGUCAACAGGACCCGAACCUGAUCCUUUAUGGAAACUACUACACCUGCGUCGCGCGCAAUAGGGCGCGAGGCGGCGAUCAGCGCGCGCGGCGCCGCGGAGGGAAAGAUGCUGAUCGGGGAUCAGCCGCGCUCCUCUGUGCGCAGCUCUGCUGGCUGGGACUCUCCUCCUCGGGCCACGUGUGAGGGCUGCACGCGCAUCAUCUCGGACCGCUUCCUGAAGAGGGUCAACGGCGCGUCUUGGCACGAGGAGUGCCUGCAGUGCGCCGCGUGCCAGCAGCCGCUCACCGCCACCUGCUACUUCCGGGACAGCAAGCUGUACUGCAGGAGCGACUACCGGAGAUUGUUCUCCACCAAAUGCAGCGGCUGCCUGGAGCACAUUGCUCCUACAGAGUUAGUAAUGCGCGCUCUGCAGAGCGUUUACCACCUCAGCUGCUUCUGCUGCAGCAUCUGUGGGCGCCAGCUGAGCAAAGGGGACCAGUUUGUGGUGAAGGCAGGUCAGCUGCUGUGUAAGGCCGACCAUCAGAUGGAGGGAGCCAGCCCUGAGGCCUCAGACUCAGAAAAGAGUGAAGAGGAAACUUUGGAUGUUAAGUUAGCGAGGAGAAGCAAUGACAGUAAAGAUCCUCGCCGGCCUAAGCGGCCGCGCACUAUCUUGACCACACAGCAGAGACGCGCCUUCAAGGCUUCCUUCGAGGUCUCCUCCAAGCCCUGCAGAAAGGUGAGAGAGACUCUGGCUGCAGAGACUGGCCUCAGCGUUCGUGUUGUCCAGGUCUGGUUCCAGAACCAAAGGGCAAAGAUGAAGAAGUUAGCGCGCAGACAGCAGCAGCAGCAGCAGCAGCAGCACGGCAGUCACAGGCUGGGAGCAGAGAUGUUGUCUGGCUGUAUGGAGAGCCUGCUCAGCACCUUCUCAGGACCGCUACCUUCAAGCAGGCCUCAGCUGGAGACCAUGAAGCACAGUGGGUACAGCAUGGAGCACUUCAGCCAGGGCCUCACUCCCCCUCAGAUGCCUGGAGAUCACAUGAACCCCUAUGGUCUGGACACCAUCUUGCUGGACAUGGACAGUGAAACCUCGCUGACCAGUCUGAACGACUCCUUCAUGGCCUUUCAAACUGGAGGCUUCAUACAGGAACACGGAGGAAACCCAAUGGACAGCCUCUGCUCCAUGCAGAGCUCCUACUUCGCCUCCUGAGGCCUGAUCAUUAUGGCGUCCUGCACCUGAAGAACCAGAGACUGAAAAGAUCUAGAAAUAAGGUUCAGUUUUCUGUCUGUUUAAAGAUCAUCUAGAGAUUCUGGUUUUAAAGCAUAGUUCUGAUUGAAAGGCCACUAAUGGCCGACAUCCCUCAGACCAUCAGGCCUGACUGAUCAACCUAUUUCUAUUUAAAUGUAAAGUAUGAGAUGUCAUUUCCACAUUCAAGAGAAACUCAGUGUUCUUUUCUAAAAUAGGUUAGAUUCUAUGUCAGUAUUUAUAUUUUAAAAAAUUAUGUUUUUUUGUGAAGUACGAAGGAGCCUCAAACUCCUCCUAUUUAUUUACGUAUCUGAACUGUUGUAAUGUCUGAGAUAUAUUGCUGCACAGCUACUGUAUUUAUUUGCUUUUUUGUGAUAAUAAUGAAUUGUGAAAGAGUCAUUGAUCCUAAAUAAACUGGGUGUUCUGCUCGGCCUGCUUCUCUCCGUUAACCAGAGCGCGGUGGGCGAGGCGGAGGCACUCUGCUACCGUCACGCCUGGAUGCAAUCAUCUGCUGCUUCUUAGGAGCUGCAGUCUGAACCUUUAAUGUCUGAUGGUCAGCACUUCCUGUUGGAAUAAAA